AUGGCGAAACAACCCCUCACGCGCGACCUCCAAUUCGAAAAGAAGAACCAGGACAUGGUCAGGCUUCCAAAAUACGCCCGCAUCCAAAAACGCCCCAUCCCGCACGCCCCAAUCGCCUCCCCCUACGCCGGCUCCUCCACCCCCAAAACCGUCUACAUAUCCAGCAACACGCCCUUCAUGAGCGCCGUAAAACGCGUCCAAAAGCUCCUGCAACAAGCUGAGAAACGCGCAAUGACCUCCGUACACUUAAGCCUGGGCAACAAGACCAAAACCGACAGACAGAAACUCGCGCAGAUGGCUGAGGGCCAUGGCAAACUCCGGAAAGAGGCGGGACAGGAAGAGGUUUUUAUCAAGGCGACUGGGCGCGCGAUGGAGAAGGCGAUGAGGGUUGGGAGAUGGUUUGAGGAGAGGGAAAGGGAGUAUGUGACGAGGGUGAAGACGGGGAGUGUGCUUGUUGUUGAUGAUGUGGUUGAGGAUGAGGAGGCGAGGGAAAGGGUCAUUGAGGAGGGGAAAAGGUUGAAAAAAGAAAGGGAGGAGAAGCAGGAGGGAGGAGAUGCUGAGGAGUCGGCUGUUUCUAAAUCUGCGGCGAAGAAAAGGAAGCGGGCUGCGGCGGCGGAGACGGAGGAGUUGCCUGAGACCCGGACGCGCUGGGUUAAUGUGGUUGAGAUCGCGGUGACUUAUAAAUGA